GGGGGGACGAGGCGCUCGAUGGAGCAGUCCCGAGCAAUCCGCCGCGCGCACGCCCUUCUUCUGUCAGGGGCCCCCCACAGGCUGGCCCUGCAGGUCGCCACAGGAGGGGGGCAGGACAGGGAGGGGAGGGGGAAGGCACGAGGGAGGAGGCACGAGGGAGAAGAAGAAGAAGAAGAAGAAGGAGAAGGCGGUGCCGCCAAACUGCCAGCGCUUGACGGUCAACAACUCGGCGCCCGGGCACGGCGAGGCACAAAUGCCGCUGGGGCACAGCAAGGCUGGCCGGCGAAGCCGGUAUACCGACCAGGGGUCGGCACACGUUGCACGAGGUAGCUAGGCGAAGGCGCUGCACAAGCAGCUGAUGACGCGCGCCGAAGACGACGCUAACACGCGACGGAGUGGCCUCUCUGAGGACCUCCGCCGCCUCACAUCCCCACACGCUUCCACUCCC